UAAGAAACUUAUUUUAUAGUAGAAACGAAUCAACCAUAACUAUUAAAUUGCCCUUCCCCCCAAAGUAUCAUUUUACUACUAGUUUGGGCUAGUUCAUGUUUAGAUUUUGUCUUAAGUAUAAGAUAAUGACUGAUGGGGUGAUGUACGGGGCGCCAUAGUAACACUGCUCCAGGUACCGUGGGAGGUGCUGACCCUAGUGAGUGGUGACUGAUCAAGUAGACAAAACUUACCAGAGAUGACUGCACUUGAGAAAAUAGCAGACAAUAUAGUCAAAAAGGCCGACACAAAAGAGGAAGUGCAGAUAAGCAAUUUCUGGUCAGAAGGAGGAUGUGUUCUCUUCUUCAUGCGACGGUUUGGAUGAAUGUUCUGCAGGGUGGCGGCUAAAGAGUUAAGUCUCUUAACGCCACAGCUGGCCCAGGCUGGUGUCCGACUUAUAGGCAUUGGCUUGGAGGAAAUUGGUGUAGAAGAAUUUAUAGCUGGUAAAUUCUUUGAUGGGGAAUUAUACAUUGAUUCAGACAAGAAGAGUUUUAAAGCUCUCAACUAUAAGAAGCUUGGGUUUCUUAACAUGGUCCCGGCCCUGCUCUCCAGGGUGGCACGUGAAGCAGUACGAAAGGGUAAAGAAUGGGCAGUAGGAGGAGACAUGAAAGGAGAUGGAUUCCAGAAUGGGGGCCUGCUUGUUGUUGCUCUUAAAGGAGAAAAAGUCCUCUAUGAAUUUAAGCAGGAAAACCCUGCUGAUCAUGCUGAAAAUUCUGCUAUUGUGAAGGCUCUAGGGCUGGAAGAAGUCAAGCAAACCCAGGAAGUAGACAGGGCACAAGAUGGCACAAAUGUAACUGAUCUAGAAUGUGAGGAAGUUUGUGCCAUGCCACCUAAAAAAUAAUCAGUGAAAAUUGCUUUUGUAUUCCUUUGGCAGCUGUGGUAUAUUUUAUUUGUAAGCACUUGCAUGUCAUGUGAUUCCUGAUUUUAUAUAUGUAGCCUAAUCAUAUGUCAGUUUAUUUUCAAAUAACUUUCACUUUGGAGAUGUAUACUUUACUCUUUGCCCUUAAUGGAAUGUGUAAAUGUAGUGUUGCAACAGUGAUAAUGGUAUAUUAUAUUAUAAAUCUAUGGUUCAAAGAAAAUUGCAGUGUUAAUGCAAACCCAUCUUAAAUGAAGGUAUCAUUAACUGUCGUGGCAAUAUUUUGAUAACCGUAUAUAACUGUAGUAUAGCAUUACCUAAAGUAAGCUCAAAUUGAUAGUCCAGUAAAUGAAUGCACUUGCAAUAUUUUUAUAAACACUUAGGUGAAUUUUAAAGAUCAUGUGAAUUUUUUAAGAGUAGUUGAAAAAAUUUGAUAACGUUUUUAUAGUGUGUUGAUGGGAUAAAUAUCAGGUGUUAGGUUAAAGAAAAUGGUAAUUGUGCAGAUUACAGCAACCAAAGAAUUUCGGAAAUUCACUUCACUCAAUCGAUAGAACUAUUUUUUCUAUUAUUAAUUUCUUACAUACAUUUCCUUUGCAAAUUUAUAAAAAUGAAGUCAAUGAAUUUUAAAAAGAAUAAAAUCGGAGCACCUGUCCCUGGCUCAGACUCUGACCCUUACUCAUUAUGCUCAACCUGUCAAACACACCCUAAUAAAGUUAAGAAUACUUGGUACACACCUGUUGCUGGGGUCCGCUAGCGCGCCUUCAUGUAACGUAAACAAAAAGUGGGGUUAUUGUUUUUAUUUUAAAUAUAUAACAUAACAUUAUCAUGCAUGAAGGCAAGUGUGAUGCACAUUUUAACAUUUUAGUGCUUAAUAUUAAAAGAUUUAAGAUGUAUAAAAAACAAGGCAUAAUUCACAGUUUUCCAAGUGCUUAUGAUGUCAUGAUCAGAAUUAUAAAAUUUAACCAUGCAAGCAUUGAGAAAGAGCAUGUAUUGUGUUCAUGUUCUUCAGUGUUUACAAUGAUGCUGUUGUGAAGGUAGUCAUGCAACUACAUGGAUAAAAGUAUGUACUGUAGUUAUUUUAAUUUUUAUUAACAUUUUAUUAUUUUUAUUUUUAAUUUUGUAUUUUUUAUAAUAAAUUUUAUUUACUAUGGAUUAUUAUUAUUAUUACUAU